UGAUGAUAUAAAAGCCGGACGCGUGAGCCGCUGGGCAGCACUUGGGGAGGUGAGGUGCGGUUAUGGCGUGCGGCGGACGCAGACCGGAGCACGGGGGACCCCCAGAACUGUUUUACGACAAGAAUGAAGCCCGGAAAUACUUACGCAACUCUAGGAUAAUUGCUAUCCAGACUAAAAUGACUGAGCGAGCAUUGGAGCUCCUUAAUCUGCCAGAUGAGAAGCCCUGUUACCUGUUGGAUAUUGGCUGUGGUACUGGGCUGAGUGGAGAUUUUCUCUCGGAUGAGGGACACUACUGGGUGGGCAUCGACAUCAGUCCUGCCAUGCUAGAUGCAGCCUUGGAUCGAGAAGCACAAGGAGACCUGCUUCUGGGAGACAUGGGCCAGGGCAUCCCCUUUAAACCAGGCUCCUUUGAUGGUUGUAUCAGCAUUUCUGCUGUGCAGUGGCUGUGUAAUGCUAACAAGAAGUGUGACAUUCCUGCCAAGCGCCUGUAUUGCUUUUUUACUUCUCUUUAUUCUGUGCUGGUCCGUGGAGCUCGAGCUGUUCUGCAGCUGUAUCCUGAGAAUCCAGAGCAGUUGGAGCUGAUUACAACCCAGGCCAUGAAGGCUGGCUUCACUGGUGGUGUGGUGGUGGACUACCCCAACAGUGCCAAAGCAAAGAAGUUCUACCUCUGUUUGUUUUCUGGACCCUCGACCUUUCUGCCAAAGGGCCUGAAUGAAGUUAAGGAUGAAGAGGAGGCCAGGCAAUCCACAUUCACAAAAAAGAGGGUCCCAUUUAGAAUUGCAAAGAGUGGGGUCGUGAAGAACAGAGUGGUGAGAAAGAGCCGUGAGUGGGUGCUGGAGAAGAAGGAGCGCCGUAGACGUCAGGGCAAGGAAGUUAGACCUGACACCCAGUACACUGGCCGCAAGCGCAAGCCCUACUUCUAAGCAGUUAGCUGCAUUGGAUGGGACAGCUCGGCGUGCACACAGUUGUGAGCUGUGCCAUCCAGCUCAGGCACUUGCCUCCGGAAAAUUUUAUAUAUUGAAGUAUCUACUUCAUUAGCUGACAAAAUAGUGUUUCUUAGAAAAGUUCUGAAAGUAUUUUCUUCUUACAGUUUGAGAGCAUCUUAUUGUGUUCUAAAAGCAAUAAACCUCU